AUGUGGGACAACUACCUCAGGGAAUUCACGCCCUCGGCAUGGGCAGCGGUGGGCGUGGUCCUGCUCGUGACGUCACUCUGUCUGGUGGGCGUGACGAGAUUCUCUCCGAGAGAAACGCCCAUUUCACUGAGCGACGCGUUCUUGGUUGUGCUGGCGUCCUUUUGCACCACUGGAACCAGCUUCGCUUUCUUCAGUAAAUCCAACAGAAUCCUGAUCCUCACCAUCUUCCUCACGAGUCUCCUGGUCUACAACUUCUACACGACUUUCCUCGUUUCGACUCUCACGGUGAACAGGCUCACCUUGCCUUUCGAGAGCCUGCAAGAGCUCUACGAGAGGAGGACCUACUCGUUUGGCUUCAGCGACGGGGGCGCUCUCGACAAUUUCUUUAAGCUAUCUUCUCAGCCUCUUUACCGCUCCAUCUGGGACGAGCUGAUCCUCCCGCGGCCGGAGAACCUCAAACCCUCAUGGCUCGGACUGCAGCAGGUGUUGGAGGAGCGCCACGCAGGAUGCGGAGGAACUCGCCCCUGUUUCCUGUUCUCAAAUACCAGUAUGUUGUGUAGAGCUGUUUUGUUUAUGCUGUCCAAUGGCUAG